GCUUGUGUUCUCAACGAACAAGCCUGCGGGAUUUUAACGAUGUUUCGGAUUCCGAAACUCGCCCUUUCGGAUAAAUAGCGACAGUUAUUUCAUUCCAAGGCGUUAAUUUGUGUGUAUGUGAGACUACUAAAUACAAACAUUGAACAGAUAAAUCGAGAACAAUUCUAGUGUUUACUUUAAAGUUUAAAAGUUUUACAAACUGUUUGUGCGGACUUUCUUCUGAAGAAAGUGAAAAGUGUGCUGUGACGCAACGAACUAUUGUGUAAAAUCUUUUGUUACAUCAAUACGUAAGUGAAGAAAUGUAAAAGAAAAACUUUAAAUAGUUUUUAUUUUAAAGUUGUUAUAAUAAAAUUGUGACGAAAUAAUCGAGUGCUAACUAAUUAUGUGAAAAAAUAGCAGUUAUGUGGUUUCCGGUGCUCUUGUAUCUGCUAAGUAAAUCAGAACUGUCGGCGGGGGGCAGCGACACUACUGACCCCGAUGCCAUCUUCGCGGUUAACAACGGCACUGCUGCCACCGACACCAUGGUACAGCCACAAUUUGAUAAUGCGACGAAAAGAGAAUAUACCGCAGCCGUCGGCCAGCCUGCAUAUUUGCAUUGCCGAGUCAAAAACCUUAGCGAUCGAUCGGUAUCAUGGAUCCGGAAACGAGACCUCCACAUAUUGACGGUCGGAGUUCACACAUACAGCAGCGAUGCACGCUUCGCCGCCUUACACACCGACGGCUCAGAUGAGUGGACGCUGCGGGUGGCACACGCACAACCACGGGACUCCGGUGCUUAUGAGUGCCAAGUAUCCACUGAACCGAAGAUCAGUUUAUCAUUUUGGCUCAGCGUUGUUGUAUCAAAAGCCGAAAUUCUAUCUGGACCCGAGUUGUUCGUUCGUGCUGGAUCGGAUAUAAACCUCACUUGUAUAGCCAGACAUGCUCCCGAUCCUCCUAGUUUUAUCUAUUGGUAUCGGGGUGCGAACGUGGUGAACUACGCACAGCGUGGUGGAAUCAGCGUAGAAACGGAGCAACGAACUCGCACUAGUCGCUUGCUCAUAGCGCGAGCUUCUCCCAGGGAUUCAGGCAAUUAUACCUGUGCUCCAAGCAGUUCUGAUUCAGCGUCGGUGGUCGUCCACGUAGUUAGUGGCGAGCGACCAGCAGCAAUGCAAAGCAGCUCCCAGAGAAUUAUUCCAGCUCAUGUUACUUUAAUUCUAUUUUCUUAUAUAUUUAACAAACAAUUUGUCUUCGAUGUCACACAGAACAUUUUAAUUUCAGUAUAUCUUAUUGACUGUCUAGCUUCAAAAAUAAUACAUAUUCUUGAGUCUAGAUGACCUAAAUAAUCACAUUUAGUAUACGCAUGAAAUGCAUCAUAAUAAAUUAUAAGAAAUAAAGAAACGAAUUAUUAAUAAUACAUGCGUCUAUUCCACCGUCUAUCAUUAAAAUAUAAAAAUAUGCUACCAUACAAUAGUAGGUAAUAUUUAAUUAACAUUUCACUGUAUACUUGUUGCUCAUACCAAUAUAUCGAAUAUAAAUUUUGAUGAAUGGAAGUAAAUAGUUUGAAUUGAAUUUUGUAUAUGUGGUUGGUAUUUAGUAACAUAAACUCAAGUAAAUAAAUAUGAUGAUAUAAUAUAAACAAGUUUCAUCGUAAGCAUUAAAUAUUCUAUGUAUUUACAUUACAAGCAAAAUAACAUUAACAUAUUGAAUAAUUGAUGAUGCUUGUAAAAAAAUAUGGUCAUGUUUGCGAAGAAAGAAAUUAGAACCGAAUAAAUAUUAAUAGAAUAUGUUAAGUAUUUAAAUUGACCCCAUACAUUUUAUAAUACGAUUUUUCUUAAAAUUUUUAAAUAUUUCAUAAAUUUUUAAUUUUUAUAACGGAAAUAGCUUAUUUUUCGAAAUUCAAAUGAAUUUCUUGUUUAGAUGUUUAGUUUAAAAUCAUAACUCAAAGUAAAUAGUACGUUAAUUACUUAAGAUACAAAUUAAAAAUAAAUAUCAAUUGAAAACACCACUCAUGGCGAAAUAAAAUUCAUAUGUUGUGAACAUUAAGAUGGAGCAAAUGUAAAUAUGUGUUUUAAAUUUAUUAAAUACUAAAAAAUUAUAUGUACUAUAAGAAAUACUAUUAAUAGGACUGGGUUAAGUAAAAUACAACAACGUUGCUUGGUUAUAUCAAUAUUCAUGAAAAAUUAAGUAAUGUUCAUUAUUGAUGGAAUAUAAUUUAAUUUUAUGUUAGUCUAAAAAUGACACUAAAUUUCAAUUUUUAUUUAUAUGAUUAAAAAAGUGGGUCUUGAUGCAAAUUUUCCGGUCAAUGAACUCCUUGUAGGAAAUUUGUUUUCAGAAUAAGCAUAUAUGUUGGAUUCUUUUUAAGACAAUACGUAAGUUAUUAACAUUUACUGUAAAUUUCUCUUUUGUAAUUAAUGAAAUAGUGCAUAGAUAGAGUACGAUCUAAUAUUUUAAGACCUAUAACACAACUGCAUAAAUUACUAUACCAAUUAUCGUAACCGUAAGUUAUACUAAUUAUCUUUAAACCUGUGAAAAAAUUUGUAA